AUGAGUGAAAAUGAACUCCCGGAGGUGGCCUCUGAAUCCUUUGGGUUCAGGCUUCUGGGCUCAAAGAUGGGCGUUCGCUUAUUCGAUGCCCCAAUCGAUUUUUCCCCGUCCGCCGAAGACGGUAUACCCUUGCAUUUGUUGGACAUUGGCUAUAAAAGAGAAAUCUACGCUGCUGCAAACACUGAGUCGGUAGGCGUGGGUAAGCUUAGAGACCUCGAUGAUCAGGCUACCGCUAGCGACAAAUUUCACGCCACCGAUUUGGAAGGUGUCAGCUCAAUUCGUUUCAAUUGCACCAAUGACACUUUAUACGCUUUGGCAGAUGGCAUUCUAUACAAAGCCACGGUAGACGAGCUAUUUGCCCGGAAAGAGAGUCCGUUCGCUAAAAUUGAUACAAAAGGCGAUGUCGCUCAGUUUCAGCCCCAUUUUUCAGGGCCCUCCUCAUACUUCUACAUCACCAAGGAGCAAACACUAUAUAUGGUCCAAGAUGGAAAAGAAACGGCUUAUGAUUCUGUGAAAAGUGCAUCGUUUAACAUUCAGACUGGCGAACUUGGCUACAUCCAAAACGGCUCCUUCAAAUUAUCAGGCAACCUGACGACACAAUUCAACGAUGAUAACUGGGGCGAUAUCUUCUCAUUGACAUCUCUUGACAAAGACCACUGGUUGACUGUAGGAAAGUCUGUAACCGAUGAGAAUGAUGAAGACCCAAUAUAUACAGUGGUGACACUACUGGACAACUCCGUUCGUGAGUGGUGUACUGUUCCUCUAUUGCUGCCCGUAGGUUUUGCAGAAAGAUCAGAGGCUGUGUAUGUUGCAAGCAUCGUGGACUGGAUCAAAGGAUCAACAUUUUCGUUCAUUACAUAUGGCCUCUCCACAGAGAUCAACGUUGUUCAGCUCGGAGAAGACUCCCUGCUCCUUAACCCCGUGAACGAUACAGAUCGCGCCGAAUUACCAAUGAACGAGGAAACCAGUGACGACACGCUACCAGUUGGAUUUGCCGUUGAUCUUUCUGGAAAAGACACUGUUGUUGAAGCGCCCUCCACUUCCAUUGAAGAAGCCAAGGGCGUGCUUCCCAGACUAUUGUGCUUGAACAACGAUGGCUAUCUCUUGAUGUGGCAUGCGUUUGAUGCUGAUGGUGUAAACAAAGGAUUGGCCUCUCUAGAGAGACCUUUGGAAGAGCUCGUCAAUCCAAAGGGUAAGUCUACUUCAAGCGCUGCCUCCACUAGCUUGAAUAAAUCUGAGGAGUCAAAAGACUCUGCGCCCAGCAUAGAAGUCGCCAAAGACACGAAACCAACACCAAGUCCUUUCGGGUCAAAUGUUUUUUCGGGUGAGCAAUCGCUCGAGAAUCCUUUCUCGAACCUCAUGUCGAAAGAUUCUAAGAAGGACAGCAGUGCCUCUGGUUCAAAAAAUAUCUUCUCCACCCCAAGCAUUCUCGAGGUUGAGAAUGUCAAGAGCUCUGGUGCUCCAGCUUUCGGUACCAGCCUGUUUGGAUCCAGUAGUUCUAAGGCGGGCGCUUUUAAUUCAUUCGCCUCGAGUGCACAGCCGGCCCAAUUUGGAGCAACAACUGCCCUGGAUCAAAAUGCAACCGGUGCAACUACCUCUCAAGCACCUGCUACACAAUCGGCAUUCGGCCAAACUUCAUUUGGCCAACCAAACUCUGGUCAGUCCAGCUUUGGUCAGUCCAGCUUUGGUCAGUCCAGCUUUGGUCAGUCCAAUUUUGGCAAGUCCAGCUUCGGCAAAACAGCGUUUGGGCAAUCUAGCUUUGGCAACAGCAACAGCACAAGCUUCGGAAAGUCGGGUUUUGGUACCUCUCUGCAGAACAAUUCAAAGGGAGGUUCAACCUUCGGCAGUAACACUGCCUUUGGUUCAUCAAACUCCGCUUCGCCUUUCGCAAAUAUGACGAAUUCCUCUAAAGACAUAUUUGGAGGUGGUGCGUCAUCCUCUCCAUUUGCUAGUUUGAUGCCAGCAGGGUCAACGACCGCGCACUCUAAUACAAACAUUUUCCAACCAAAUGAAAAAUCUGGUCCAACAAUCGGUGCAUCUUCGGACUCGAUCGCGCUUCAGGAGGCCAUAGGCUCGGGUGAAAAUCUUAAUGCGGAUAGUUCAGACAUGAAGGACGAGGCCUCGUCGGAUGAAAGCGACGACUUUGACAAGUCUUCAGGUGAUGAGUCCGAGGAAGGCGACGACGCUUCUGAAGAUUUGCACACGAAUGAUAAGCUCAUAGAAAGUUUAGACUUAUCUGAAGCGCCCGAUUCAAAACAAGACUUGAGCUCUGUUGAUGUUGAUAAACCUUUGCCUUUUUCUGACAAAAGUGUUGAAUCUAGCUGGCAAACAAUUCCGAGCCCUGAUGUCUCGGGGAAUCAAAGUCCUUCCAGAAAAUCUGCGGAGAUCAAGCAAAAUCUUAGCGAGAGUGAGGCUGAGGAAGAACCACACGGAAAUGGUACUGAAGAAGAACAUGACAACGGUCUUGAAAGCGAGAAGGAAGACAUUGAGGAAGUAACCAUGACCAAACAGGAAGAGAAGCCCGAGGAAGAAGAGCAAGAGCAAGAGCAAGAGCAAGAGGUUGAAGAGAAGCUCGAGGGAAAGAAGCUCCAAGAAAAGAAGCUCGAGGAAAAGAAGCUUGAGGAAAAGAAUCUCGAGGAAGAAGAGAAAAAGCAAAAAGUCGAAGAAGAGGAAAAACAAGAUGUUGAAGAAGAGGAAGAAGAAGAAGAAGAAGAGGAAGAAGAAGAAGAAGAAAAUUUGGUGCAUAAUGUCAUUCCCCAACAACGGUCACCGGAGAUUCAGAAGCCGCAAGCGCUGGAAGAGGAAACACCUCCUUCAUCUCCCUCUCCCCCUCCAUCCCCUUCUCCUUCGCCGCCUCCGCCACCAAAACUGUUAAAUGAAGUUGUCUCCAGCGUGGAGUUUGUGAAGUUCAACGGUUUCGAAGGUGCCCACUCUACAGGUGAGGAUAUCCAUGGUUUGAUGUUACAACUGAUUCAAUCAGCUCAGGCACAGUUGGACGUGUUCUUACAGAAUGAGGAGUCAAUGUAUGAGUUAUUCACUGCUUACGAACGGGAUGAACCUUUAAAUGAAGAGGCCGACUUGCAAGAAGAUGGUGAAUGGACUUUAGCUAAAAUCAACGACUUGCAAGCUUCUACGAACGAGCAAAUUGAGCGCAUGGACCAUGCUCUUCAAUUUGUGAAAGACAGAAACCUGGAAGUUUCAAAUCUAGUCUCACAAUUUGCAGCAACAGACGAGCAUAGGCAAGUUCUACAAAAAUUUGUCGAGCAAAUCCGCUCGUUUGAACAAACGAUGCACUCACCUAAGGUGCGGGAGAGGCCUAUGAGUCUCCAGGCCGAGCGUCUCAAAUUGAAACUUAGAAGAGGUCUCGCGCGUAUAGAUAGCCUUCACGAAGAGCUUCUUCACAAACUCGUUCCAUUCGGAAUCAAACAUGAUUUCAGCAACAACGCAAACGAUCAAUUGGAGAAGGUUGAAGCGGUGGUGCGUCAAAUUACAGCUAAAGUGCGGGUCUACAUGGACGACAUACACGCAUUGGAGAGGCAAUUGAGUGACAUACCUCAAGUAAAGCUUCUUACUCAGGGGAAUGAAGAUUUGCAACUGGCUUCUUCACCUCUUUCUCGUCGCGGUGGGAUUCUACAAACUCGCUUGGCCUGUGCUUCCAGGUUCAAAAGCGUAGCUCUGCGCGAAGUGAACUUUAAAUAG